AUGCCGAAACGGAGGACGAGGGCUUCUCGCGGUUGCUUUCAGGUCGCUGCUUCAUCCACACCAGUUAUUGUUAAUUAUGAUCUCCCCCUUGGUACAGCAGAUGGAAGCUUGACGCCUCACUCUAUCAAUGGAGAGAAUGCUACAGAGAAGCGGGCAACUAAUAGAUUCCGUCUGAAACUAAGGAGCAGCAGCGCUAGGUUGUUCUCAAGACUUGGACUCUGGAAUUCCAGGACUUCUGGGGCUAGCGGUGAUACAUUCAAUGACGGCAACGAGAGCUCUAAAAACUAUAAGAAUAUUCUUUCACCAGCACUUCUGCCUCGUUUAUCACGAAAGCUGUCGAUUUUCGGCCCAUCGACUGUCAUUCGCCGAACGAAGCUGAAACCUAGACCCGGGAUUUCAAAUGUGGACGGUGUUCUCCCUUUGAUGUCGCUCAACAUUUCAGACGACAUAGCUCACAGUACUUCCGAUCACUCAACCUACAUGUCAACUGUUUUCAGCAAGGCAGACUACAGAAGUUCCUUGGACGGCGUCUCAACUUCUCUUAUGCUAGCAGCACAACCAGCAGAUCAGAACACUGUUCAGGCAGAGCCCCCUCAUCCCUCCGGUCAAUGUGGAACAUCAACGCAACCAUUGCCUCAGUUAAAACUUCAGCUAUCUAUAGUUACCGUAGAGGCAACUGCGGCUGCUAAAAUUUUCUUUGAAACUCAUUUCAACUCCCUUCUAUCAGGUCAGGACGCACGUGAGCAGAGGCUACGAGAACUUCACGAGCAUUUUUACACGCUACCAUUCACAGAGGAAGAGCAAAAUAGUAUAAAGAAAGCGUGGAUAGCUCAGGAAAGCGAACAUUUAAGACAAACUCGGGUCCUAAAGAGCCAUUCCAAUAGAUUCAACCACCACAAGGACACCAUUUCAGUUGCCGGUUAUGAACCAAUAAAAGUCCUGGGUCAAGGAAGUUUUGGAAUCGUUCGUCUAGUCAAGAAGAAAAUGAGCUUUGCAAAAACACCACCUACGGAUGAAAAAGGGACUAGUGAGGACCCCCAACAUGUAUACGCGAUGAAAGUGAUACGCAAAUCAGAGAUGAUAAAGCUUUGCCAGGAGGGCCAUAUACGAGCUGAAAGAGAAUUUCUCGCUUCGUCUGAACGAUCUAAAUGGAUCGUACCUCUGAUUGCAAGUUUCCAAGAUACCGGUAAUCUCUAUCUUAUCAUGGAAUAUGAAGUGGGAGGUGAUUUUUUCAACCUUUUAAUUCGGCACGGGGUUCUCUCUGAAAGGGACGCAGUGUGGUACAUAUCGGAAAUGAUCCUGUGCGUGGAAGAGGCUCAUAGACUUGGAUGGAUCCAUCGAGACGUAAAGCCGGAAAACUUUUUAAUUUCUGCAAAUGGGCAUCUGAAAAUUGCCGAUUUUGGACUUGCUUUUGACGGCCACUGGGCGCAUAACCAAGCUUAUUUUCAGAACCAUCGCUACUCGCUUUUGGAAAAAUUGGGAAUCGAAGUUGACGGAGAUACUAAAGACGAACUUUACCAGAGGAAUGUUCAGGGGGAUCCUCCGCAUGCAUUUGGUGGCGGACACGUACUCGACUGGCGCAACCGCAAUGAGAAAAGGCGCUUUGCACGUAGCAUUGUCGGCACGAGUCAAUACAUGGCACCUGAGAUUAUAGCGGGUGAAGCUUAUGACGGCAGAUGUGAUUAUUGGAGCAUAGGCAUCAUACUCUAUGAGUGUCUCUAUGGAAUGACUCCGUUCUAUCGUGAAAAUCGACAUGACACGAAGAGAUGCAUUUUGCAUCACAGAACGGCUUUGGAGUUUCCACAAGAGCGAUUCAGUGAUUUGGUGAUAUCAUAUCAUGCGAUUGAUCUCAUUCAACAACUCUUACAAAUCAAAGAAUUUAGACUGUCAAGCAAGCAGUACAGAAUCAACGACUGUUUCCUCUGGCCGGACACAGUCUACAAUCCUAUGGACCCUCCAGAUCCCUACUACAAGAGACGUCACGUCUACCCUGAUGAUGCCAGUGACAUUAAAGCACAUCGACUCUUUCGUGGCAUUCCUUGGUCUGAGAUGUUAUAUGAACAGCCGCCUUAUAUCCCCGAUGUCAAAAAUCAAGCAGACACUUCAUACUUUGAUGAGAUUCUAAACCCUGAACUCGAGAUAGACAAAUCAGAAAAGAGGGACGCAGAUCUAGCCUCCAACCAGCACAGCGAGUCGCAAGCCGCCAAGGAAAUAUCUUGUCAGACAUCUCACCCGAACCCUAUUAUCUCCCAGAGCACGUUUAACGUCGAGACUAAUAUAAAGAGAACAGUCUCGAAAAAGAAUGGCAAAGAGAGUAGAGGAGCCCGUGAUAGGAUUCUACGUGACAAAAACGUUGGUUCUACAGCCCUUGAUGUCCGCACGAGAGUAGCUUUCAUGGGUUAUACAUGGCGUCGACCAAAGCCCGUCAGGGAUGUACUCGAAACAAAACGCGGCAGAUGUUGGUUUGCUGAUUGAAGAGAUUUCCAUUCUUUUUUUAUUCUUUCCACUCUCAGAAGUAAG